AAAUCCACUUUUUUUUUAAUUUGUAUAUCCGUAUUUAUUUUAUGUAAAUAUAUAUAAAUAGAUAUGAUAUAGGGUCAACGUCGAUUCAUCAACAGAGAAGGAGAUCUAUUGCGGCUGAACAUUACGAUCCGGAAAAGGAUGACGAUGGUCCAGCCGUUAUCCAUCCCAAAUCGAAAGAGCAGGAGGAACGUCUUAGAUCAACGCUAAAAAACUGCUUUUAUUUUCGUCAUUUGGAUAGUGAUCAGCUAAAAUUAUUAAUAGGCGCAAUGUUCGAAAAGAAGGUAGAGAAGACUAAUGAACUUAUCAUUAAACAAGGAGAUUACGGAGAUUAUAUGUACGUUGUUGAGGAAGGCAAAUUUGAAGCGUUACUAUUAAAGAACGAAAAAGGUAAAAAUGGCAAAGCCGAAUAUGUUAGGACUGUACCGCCAAAAGUUUACGAUAACGAAGGCUUCUUCGGGGAACUUGCUCUAAUGUAUAAUACAGUUAGGGCUGCUUGCAUAAUUUCAAGAUCUCCUGGAAAAUUAUGGGUUCUAGAUAGGCAAACGUUCCGUAGAACAAUAAUUAAAUCAACUCACGAAAAGUUGAAACAAUACGAGGAAUUUUUACAAAAAGUUCCACUGUUUAAUGAACUAACAAAUUACGAAAGAAAUAAUAUUGCAUACGCCCUACAAACUAUAGAAUUUAAAGACAAAGAUAUCAUUUUAAAGCAAGGAGAACCUGGAGAUUCAAUGUAUUUUGUCGAGAAAGGAUUGGUAAAAUGCACCAUAAAGGAUAAAAUCGAAGGAGAGAAAGAAGUAAGUAAAAUCGGACCCGGAGGAUAUUUUGGAGAACUAGCUCUCCUUUCUGAAAAGCCUAGAGCAGCUAGUGUUUACGCUACAGGCGAUACCAAAGUUGCCAAAUUAUCCCGAAAGGAUUUCGAUCGACUCUUAGGAAAUUGUCAAGAUAUUUUAAAGAGAAAUGCAGAAGCAUACGAAAAACAAUUACGAAAAGUUUUCGGUUCAUCGAAAGAUAUUGAAUCAAUUCUUUAAAGUGACAGAGAAGGAUGAUAGGAAGAAGAUGACGAUGAUUAUGAUGAUGAUGAAGGCGGCAAAGAACUAUUCAAUUUAUUAAUAUUUAGUUUUUACAUAAAUAUGUAUGUAUGUAGAUUUGUAUGUAUGUAAUCGUGUGAGUGUUUGUAAUGAACGUUAGUUGAC